UGGAUCGUGCUGCCGCUCUUGCUUUACUCGCUGUUCACACUGUGCGCAGUCGAAGGCGCAGGAGGAAACGAAGAAACAUUUGGUGCAAACCAUGGCUGUUAAAUAGGUCUUCACGAGGAAGUUACGGGCAACUGUUUCAAGAAUUAUCAUCGAGUGAGAGUGAUUUCUUCAGUUACUUACGAAUGCCUACGAAUACUUUCUAUUACAUCCUUGACAAAGUAACACCAUUGAUUUCUCGCGAAGAUACUCACCUUCGUAGGAGUAUUUCUGCUGGUGCAAGACUUGAAGCUACUUUAAUUUAUUUAGCUACAGGUGCUUCAUAUACCCGACUCCAGUUCCAUACGAGAAUUUCUAAAGCAUCACUUUGCCUUAUAAUCCCAGAUACCUGCAGGGCAAUUUACAGCGUGCUGAAGGAAGAGUACAUGAAGACUCCUCGCACGCCAGCAGAAUGGUCUGCAAUUGGGGUUGACUUCGAAAAAAAAUGGAAUUUCACCAACUGCGUCGGAGCCAUCGACGGGAAACACGUCCAGAUAAAGCCACCCCCGAACAGCGGAAGUUACUAUUUUAAUUAUAAACAAACGCACAGCAUCGUGCUAUUGGGCGUGGCAGAUGCCAACUAUGAACUCAUAUAUGCAGAUGUUGGAACCAAUGGCAGGGUGUCCGACGGAGGCGUGUGGUCUGGGUGCUCGUUGAGCAGAAAUCUGGUUAAUGGCUCAAUUAAAUUACCAACAAAUAAAGUACUUCCGAAGAGCGCUACGAUCGCACCAUACGUCUUCGUCGCAGACGACGCUUUCCCGCUGAAGCCCUACCUCCUCAAGCCAUACCCAUUCAGGAAUCAAAACGAGGAACAAAGAAUAUUUUCGUACCGUCUGUCUCGAGCAAGGCGAAUAGUUGAAAAUGCAUUUGGAAUUAUGUCCAAUAAAUUCCGUGUGUUGCAGACAUCAAUUGCCUUGACCCCUGACAAAGCAGAGCACGUAGUUCUAGCAACAAUUGUGCUACACAACCUGCUCAGACGUGAGUAUUCAAAUGAACACACUCCGCAAGGCAGCAUUGACGUCGAAGAUAUCGACAGAGGCGAGAUCGUGCAUGGGUCUUGGCGGCAAGACGCGGCGCAGUUGCUGGAGCUUGAACGACGACGGGAUGGUCGAGUUUCGGAAGAAGCUAGAGAAGUUCGCGAAGCUUUCUGCAAGUACUUCAAUAACGAAGGACAAGUACCCUGGCAGCGCCAAAUGGCAGGACUCAGGCCUGAAUAACCCAUAUCUUAAAUGUAUGCCUCUACUCAGUUGAUAGAAUUUCAAAUAUAAAAUUCAAAAGUUUUCGGCUAUCU